UGGAAAUUAAAUUAGCAGUAGUUUGUGCUAGGAAGGUUUUCAUCCUCUGCUUCUUAGGUAUGAUUUUGGUGACGCCACUCCAUGCUUUAGUUCGUCGCUGCAAAUUUGAAUUGGUAAAUUCCUUGCACACUAGACUGUGCAGCAGCAAGAGCAUGCUCACCAUAAACGGACAAUACCCUGGCCCGACUAUAUAUGCCAGAAGAGGAGAUUUGGUGAUAGUCGAUGUUGUUAAUAGUGCUCAUCAAAAUAUAACUAUUCACUGGCAUGGAGUAAAGAUGCGGAGGUAUCCAUGGUCAGAUGGCACCAACUAUGUGACGCAGUGCCCGAUUCGUCCCGGCCAAAGCUUUAGACAGCGGAUGAUCCUCUCCGACGAAGAAGGCACUUUGUGGUGGCACGCCCACAGCGACUGGUCUCGGAAUACUGUGUAUGGAGCCAUCGUCAUUCUACCGCCGAUCACUCAGCCUUUUCCUUUUCCUAAACCUCAUGCUCAUCUUCCCAUUUUAAUUGGAGAGUGGUGGAAAGGUGAUGUGCAACAGGUGAUGGAGGAGUUUCUAGGCGGUGGCGGCGAACCUCAUGUUUCAGAUGCUUUCCUCAUCAAUGGCCAACCUGGAGAUUUAUAUCCAUGCUCUACACAAGAUACUUACAAGUUGAGUGUGGAGUUUGGAAAAACUUACCUUAUGAGAUUGGUAAACGCGGUGAUGGACAACAUCAUGUUCUUCAAAAUCGCCGGCCACAAGUUCACCGUGGUCGGCACUGACGGCGCCUACACGAAGCCUCUGAUGACCGAUUACGUGGCCAUCUCCCCCGGUCAGACCAUCGAUCUAUUGCUGGAGGCCAACCAGCCGCCCAGCCACUACUACAUGGCCGCCAGAAUCUACGUGGUGGGAGGAGAAUACGUGAGCACCCCGACCACAGCUAUCAUCGAGUACGUCGGGAACUACACGGUGCCGUCGCCGCCGCCGCUCCCAUCCUUCCCCGAAUACAACGACACCGCGGCAUCGGCCGAUUUCACAAGCAGACUGAGAAGCCUCGCGGACAACGUGGACGUCCCUAAAAACGUGAUGAAGAAUCUAUUCUUCACGCUCUCGGUGAAUCUAUCGCCCUGCACGAAGAGCGCGUGCGUGGGGACCACAAGGCUGAUGGCCAGCAUGAACAACCUGACGAUGCUGCUGCCCAUCACCACCGACAUCCUUCACGCUUACUACGCAGGAAUCGAUGGAGUUUACGAUUCCAAUUUCCCCGAGUUUCCGCCUCUCGUUUUCAACUACACGGAAGAUAGCAUAGCCAAGAAUGAGUCGGCGUCGGAGAUGGCGACGGCGGUGAGUGUGUUGGAGUAUGACACCACGGUGGAAGUGGUGUUUCAAUCCACCAAUUUCGGCAGAGGCGUUGAUCAUCCCAUGCAUUUACAUGGAUACAGCUUCUACGUCGUCGGAUCCGGGUCGGGAGACUUCGACGCAACCACGGAUCCGCCCAAUUAUAAUCUACUCGACCCGCCCUUGAUGCAGAACAUAGCCGUGCGCAGAAAUGGAUGGACUGCUAUCAGAUUUAGGGCUAACAAUCCAGGAGUGUGGUUCAUGCACUGCCAUUUUGAGCGUCAUUUGAGCUGGGGAAUGAAGAUGGUGUUCAUCGUCAAAGACGGCCAACGCCCCGAUGAGAAGUUGCUGCCUCCGCCGCCAGAUAUGCCGCGCUGUGAUACUCCGCCGCUACGUGUAGCUAAUAAUUGAUGAUUAUUCAACAAUAUAGUAUAAUAUUUCGUGAUUCUACGCACCUUGUAUGUAUCUGCAUUAGCAACAUUAUUUGUUAUUAAUAGUGAAUUUAUCAAAAUAUCUAUUUUGUUAUAAUGAAGAAGAAAAAUGAAGAAGAUAAAAACAAUUAGUUACUUUUGCGAAUA